AAGAAUCGACUGUCGGUAGAAAAAAGAGAGUCUCUGUUAUGAAUAUUGUUAGACGCAAUAAUUUACGAUUUAACAUAAACUAAGAGCAAAAAUAAUAUUAUUGUAUAAUAAUUUCGUCUGACUAAUAUUCGAAAUGACUUGGGGGUUCGUCACAUGUGGCCCUAACGAAGCACUCGUGAUUUCAGGAUGCUGCUAUUCCAAGCCACUCCUGGUCCCUGGUGGUCGAGCCUUUGUAUGGCCAGCGAUCCAGAGCGUACAACGGAUAUCUCUAAACACCAUGACCCUUCAAGUGGAGUCACCAACUGUCUAUACCAGUCAGGGUGUGCCCAUUUCGGUUACUGGAAUCGCUCAGGUCAAAAUUCAAGGUCAGAAUUCCGAGAUGCUGCUCUCCGCGUGUGAGCAGUUUCUCGGUAAAACGGAGCAAGAGAUUCAGCACAUAGCCCUGGUGACGCUGGAGGGUCACCAACGUGCUAUAAUGGGAUCUAUGACGGUCGAGGAAAUAUACAAAGACAGAAAAAUAUUCUCGAAAAAGGUGUUCGAAGUUGCGUCGAGUGAUCUAAUCAACAUGGGAAUCACAGUUGUGUCGUAUACUUUGAAGGACAUCAGAGACGAGGAGGGCUACUUGAAAGCUCUAGGUAUGGCUCGUACAGCCGAAGUGAAGCGCGACGCACGUAUAGGCGAAGCUGAAGCUCAGGCCGAAGCCAAGAUUAAGGAGGCGAUGGCUGAGGAGCAACGCAUGGCCGCCAGGUUCCUGAACGAUACGGAGAUCGCUAAGUCUCAGCGGGACUUUGAGCUAAAGAAGGCCGCUUACGACGUAGAAGUUCACACCAAAAAGGCCGAAGCCGAGAUGGCCUACGAACUACAAGCUGCCAAGACGAAACAGCGUAUCAAAGAGGAACAGAUGCAGAUAGCGGUCGUGGAGCGAACCCAGGAGAUCGCCGUACAGAAGUGGGAAGUACAAAGACGCGAGAAGGAACUGGAAGCCACAAUACGCAGACCCGCCGAAGCUGAGAAGUUCAGACUAGAGAAGAUAGCGGAAGCGCACAGGCAGAAGACAGUGCUCGAAGCCGAAGCUGAGGCGGAAGCGGUUAAAGUACGAGGAGAGGCGGAAGCAUACGCUAUAAAAGCAAAGGCCGUUGCUGAUGCCGAGCAGAUGGCGAAAAAGGCAGAAGCGUGGAAGGAAUAUGGAUCUGCCGCUAUGGUGGACAUGAUGCUGGAAACUCUACCCAAGGUUGCAGCAGAAGUGGCUGCCCCCCUGUCCCAAGCCAGGAAGGUAACUAUGGUGUCGUGCGGAGGCGGCGAGGUCGGUGCGGCCAAACUCACCGGUGAAGUAUUGAGCAUUGUACAGUGCUUACCUGAACUCGUGAAGGGAGUCACCGGAGUCGAUAUAUCCAAGUCUGUGGUAGACACCCCUAUCGUACCGACGGGGGCACCGAACAUAGCAGGUGAUACGGCGAGGAAGGCGCGAUAACUGGAGAACGUCUAAACAUUUACUCACGAGGGUGUUCGCGCACUGUAAAUCUGUUCCGUGGAUCUUACAAUAAAUUAUUGUAUGAGUACAUCACAAUUGUAACGAACUAUCUAUAUAUUAUUAUUAUAUACACUAUCUAUUAAUUUAUGUAACGUUAAAUUAAUAUCUUCAACCUAAAGUGCCACUAAGUGAAUUUAUUUAUUCUACAUAUUGUAAACUGUUUAUAAAAAUAUUGUGGCAUACGUUAAAACACUAGCACAAAAUGUACUGGACGUAGCAUGUAACAGAAUAUAUUGUAUAAACAUUUCCUCAGUACCCAUUAAAGGAAAUAACAGGAAGCUUUCAAUCAAUUGAAAGCGGGUUUUGUCCUCUGACUCGAGGAUAUGAAGAACGGAGGUACCCCCACGAAACGAACGUAUGCAACUCUUCCCGUAAUGAAACUGCAUAGAUAUUUUUACCCAAUGAACUCAAAUUAUGACUUAGAAUACAUUCAACCUGAGUACUUCGAUUCCUGUCAAUAACAUUGACGAUUCGAGGUUGCCAAUGAGCAAUACAUCGAUUUUUUAUUAUUACUAUUAGAAUACGUUCGAACUGUUAGUUGGUGUCACAGGUGACACAGGACAGUAGAUGCAACAGGCGAGCGUAUUUUACGACACAUUAAUAUCUAAAUACCACGUACAAUCUAGCAUUGAAAUGAGCUCCCCUCCACGGUGUUUUCCGAGCGCUGUGACAUGUCCUUCUUCAAACGAGGCUUG